UGCUCUGUUGUUAUCCAUGUCGUCGCGUUGUUGCGGUCGUCGCUGCGCUGUCAUUGUCUCGCGUGUCUGCAUUUACUCUGGUUGUGUGAUUUUGGUUUUUCCAGCGCAUCCACAUAACAAAAAGUAAAAAGUCAAAAUUAUUUGUGUAGAAAUCUUUGAAAUUCUUUUGCUGAAUUUGUGCGCGUACUAUGUAAAUCGUCGCACAGUAAUAAAAGAAGACCAAUUCAACAGAAAUUAAACAUUAAAAAAACAAAUGCAAACAUUCCUAGGCGCCACCGAACUGGACGAUGAGCUAAUCAAACAACUGCCAAAGGAGGUAUUGCUGCGCGUUUUCUCCUACCUGGAUGUCGUCUCAUUAUGCCGCUGUGCCCAGGUGUGCAAAUAUUGGAAUGUGCUCGCCUUAGACGGUUCCAGCUGGCAGAAAAUCAAUUUGUUCGAUUUCCAACGUGAUAUCGAGGGCCCGGUGAUCGAGAAUAUAUCGCAACGAUGCGGCGGCUUUCUCAAAUCUUUAUCGCUUCGUGGCUGCCAAUUCGUGGGAGAUCAGUCCAUAAAAACUCUAGCAAAUCACUGCCACAAUAUCGAACACCUGGAUCUGUCGAAAUGCAAGGAGAUCACAGACAAUGCAGUCGCAGACAUAAGCAGAUACUGCAGCAAGCUGACGGCCAUCAACUUGGACUCCUGCUCGAACAUAACAGAUAAUAGCCUCAAAUAUAUAUCGGAUGGCUGUCCGAACCUGCUGGAGAUCAAUGUGUCCUGGUGCCAUUUGGUGUCCGAAAAUGGAAUCGAGGCGCUGGCACGCGGUUGUGUCAAACUGCGAAAGUUCAGCAGCAAAGGUUGUAAACAAAUAAACGACAAUGCCAUCACGUGCCUGGCCAAAUACUGUCCCGAUCUAAUGGUGCUAAAUCUACACAGCUGCGAGACCAUCAGCGACACGUCCAUACGGCAGUUGGCCGCGAGCUGCCCUCGACUGCAGAAGCUGUGCGUGUCCAAGUGUGUGGAACUAACUGAUCUCUCGCUGAUGGCCUUGUCGCAGCACAACCAACAGUUGAACACCUUGGAGGUGUCGGGCUGUCGCAAUUUUACGGACAUUGGCUUUCAGGCGUUGGGCCGUAACUGCAAGUACCUGGAGCGCAUGGAUUUGGAGGAGUGUAGCCAGAUAACGGAUCUGACGCUGGCUCACCUGGCCACCGGCUGUCCCAGUCUUGAGAAGCUGACGCUGUCGCACUGCGAACUGAUUACGGACGAUGGCAUACGGCAUUUGACUACGGGCAGCUGUGCAGCUGAGAGUCUAUCGGUGCUAGAGCUGGACAAUUGUCCAUUGAUCACGGAUCGAACGCUGGAGCAUUUAGUGUCGUGCCACAAUUUGCAGCGCAUCGAGCUCUUUGACUGCCAGCUCAUUUCACGCGCAGCCAUACGCAAACUGAAGAAUCAUCUACCAAAUAUCAAGGUGCACGCCUAUUUUGCACCUGUCACACCGCCCGCUGUGACAACGGGGCAUCGUCCAAGAUAUUGUCGCUGCUGUGAGAUUCUCUGAGAUACGGCCAUUGGCUUUGCCCGAAGGAUAAUGCGCAAAUCUGCCACGGACUGAUGUUGGCCUGUUUGCAUCAUCCUGAUUGCCAUGCUCCUAAGCCUGAUGCUCAUUGCGAUGUUGUAUUAUCUCAAAUUGCUUGAAGGCGGCGACUAAUGAACGGUGGAUGGUGGAUGCUGGAAUGAUGGAUGAUAAGUGCAGGAAGCAAAGCAAAACACAGCUACGCUCACACACAAACACCUACAACACACACACACACACACACACACACACACACCGAUAGAAACUGUGUAUAACUAAAGCAAGAUUCUAAUAACUCGAUAUUUAAGCAUUCGAAACACACAAAAAUUGUAACGAAAUUCGUUUUACUAAAACGAAUCGAAGCAAAACACUUUUAAUAGUCUUUAGUUUUAUUACUUUCAAAGAGUUUCUAAAACUCUGUCCUUCAAACAUGUAAAAUUGUGAUUAUUUUAUUUAAUAUGCUAAGCUGUUAUGUUAACUAGAUAACGUUUAAUGAUUUUUGUGUGUAUUAUUAGCCAUUAUUAUUUGUAAAGUUUUCAUGUUUGUUUCAUCUAUCUGAUCUUUUUUGUUUAUCUUUAAGAAUAAUUGUCAAUCAAAUUA